AUGCCCCCUCUAAAUCCCUUUCUUCGCGCUUUUUUCCGCAGCGUGCUCCCGUCGCAAUGCGUUCCGGUCCAGAACCAUAUCUUACUGGUGCCUACCACCGAAUCCCUCGUCAACGCUCGCGAUCGAGAUUCUAAUACCCCCUACAUUGACCUCGUUCAUUCCGAAGAGUUUCUGGGUAGCCAUGUCUUGCGCAUUCCCGCUUCAACGUCCGCAAAGGAUGCCCUUUCAGGGCCACGGGACGCCAGGGGAAAGGCCAGGCAAAUGACCACCGCAAACGGCCGCACUGUAGCCAUCCGGGAGUCGAUGGUAUUCAGUAACAAAGGUACCGCAAAAGAAGUAACCUUUAGUUUUGGCGUUUUUAAAUUUGAGGCCCAGUUGGUGUGGCUGACAAGACUUGCAGGCUUCAAGAAUUUGAACCAGGCAAUCCUGCUCUCCGAUAUUCUUUACUACGUUCCGGGCAGCGAGUCGCAGCCAUGGUUAAUAUACUACAUCUCCAAACCGCUGCUCGGAAUCUACGAUCCAGGGGGAAUCGUUCAAGCAGCUGUACCUGGCUUCCCUUCACAAUAUCCAGAGUUCUUGAAUUCUUCGCCGGGAUGCGACAGUGGCAGCCUGGGAUUUGCCCGGAAAGACGUUCAGUCAUUUGGAGAAUUGCUCGCAAACUUUCCAAUGAUCGCCAGGCAGAUGCAACCCGGACUGGAGCGACUAUUUCGUGAGUUUGGAAAGGAGCUCGGAAAACCGUUGCCACCUCCUCCGUCACGCUUUUCAUCCAUGAACUCCGAAAAUGAAGCCGAUAAUGUGGACGAGACAGCAUCGAUUCGAAGCACUUCAUCAUGCACCCAAAAGACGCUGCCUUUCAACUCACUGGAGUAUUUUGAAGACGACGAGGACCUCAUGAGGCGUGCUCUAGAAACGGCGGUCACGGCGGCAAUUGACCUUUUCCGCCUAGUAGACAGGCAGCAGCUGUCUCUUCUAGGAGCUACAACAAAUCUCACCGGACCCAUGGUAGAACGGCUGAUAGAGCGCUAUGUGACUGAGCAGGUUCACGACUCCCUUCUCUUCCCGAGAAUAUGCGGGUGCCGCAAAACCGAAGAUACGGAAUUGGAUAUACGUAUUCGACAGAUGGAGAGUAUUGACGUGUCCCAGGUCGGUAUCCCCAUAGAAGGAGGUCGAAAGGGAAAAGAAGAACUUAUUCAUCGCCUUGGAAGGGGUGUCGACGAGUUUCGAAAAAUGGUUGACUCCACAUGUCCCCAAGAGAUGCUGAAAAUACUUCUCACAACAAUAAAAACCGUUACCCUCGAGUAUAAACCCGAUUCUGAAGACGGUGAUGUCGUCGAAAAGAAACCGUCAGUUCUGACAAUCAACGCUGAUAUUCUGGUUUCAUUACUACUAGUAGUGGUCAUCAGAUCGCAGGUCCGUCACCUCCAAGCCAGACUCUCAUAUAUGCAACAUUUUAUUUAUAUGGAUGAUGUCGAGAGCGGCGAAUCUGGGUACGCUUUGAGUACAUUCGAGGCAGUAUUGACGUACCUCCGACAUGACUCCCGCGGGCUCAGAAAGGCCAGCGCAAAGAACCGGCGUCUCUGGUGUGCUACCAAGUCAGGCAAAGUGCCUGAUAUGAAGGCCAUUCUGGAGCCGGAAAGUCAGGAAAGCUUAUCUGAAGAUAGCAUUGGUAACGGAGAACAGGAACAUUCGUCUCAACUGGACAUUUAUGGCGUGGAAGAUGCGCAGGGUCCAUCAACCAUGGAGCUUGCAACUAACGGUAGUAUAUCUCCACAUGUUACAAGAGAGCCCAUAGAUAUUCCCAGAGUUCCAGAAACGCCCCGUCUAGCACACGUUUUUCCAUUUCAGACGUGGACACCAAGCUCUCCACCAAAGACUCAACCCCGUAUUCUUAAAAGUGUUUCUAUGGACGUUGGAAGCGUGUCCGAAACCUCCAACUUUUCCCUUCUUUCUCGCUCAACCACUUUUGGUUCUGCGACAAGCCAUAUGGAAGGCGACACAUCUGUUUUAAUCUUAACAAAAACGCAAGAUCCGGCGGGAGAUUCGAUCCCAAUGAUGGCCGUCGAAGCCUGCCAGCCCGAGUCCUUAAAAUACCUCUUGAGCUUGGAGGAAUAUUAUCCAAUCCAAAGUAUACUGGAAGAUGUCAACAGCGAUGGCACAACGUUGUUGAGCGCCGCAGUACAACUCGCGCACACCGAGAUUGUGGACGUUAUCCUAGCUUUUAUCUUUCAACAUGCGCAUCCUGAUGACGUUAGAACUUACUUUGCUAAGGCGGAUGCUCGAGGAAGAACGGUUGCACAUUAUCUUUUCGGUGUUCCUUCAUUGAUGUCUCGCAUUGGCGCUGCACUUCCUUGGAAAAAAAGAGAUAAACACGGUCAAACUCCUCUUUUUGCACUCUGCAGAUCCUAUGAUCACCCGGAUUACAACAUCAUGGUUAACGAAGCUUUGACUGUGGCCCGAGAUUCUCAAGGGGAUGGAGAUCCUUUGAGACUUGAUGAUCAUGUGGAUGCUAAAGGAAACACCCUCCUGCACGUCGUUAGCGACCCCCAGAUUCUUCAUAGGAUCCUAUGUGAAUGCGACUGUGAUCCUAACGCGACUAAUGACAAACGAUUUACCCCCCUGAUGAUGGCGAGCAAGUAUGGACGUGUCGACCUAGUUCGGAUUCUUUUCGCGGAUCCACGAGUUGACCCUCAUCUUCGGGAGUCUCGCGGAUUAACUGCAGUUGAACUUGCAAAAGACGACGAGGUUCGUAAUAGAAUUGAUGAUCUUAUCUUAUUUUCCAAUCCACCACCCUCUUCCGUCGAUUCUUCUGGCCGCAUAACCGCUGUCGUUCGAUCAGUGUUUGUCGAAGAUGGUAGCACUCGGUUCAUCAUCAAAUCCGGUGCACCUAAUCCUCCAUCCCCCUCUGAACAAGAUCAGUCCCGAAAGAUGAUCACUUUCACGGUAACGACUUCCCGCCGUGGUCUGGCGGAUUUCGAGAAUCUUAUUAAGUUUCUGAGGAUCGAACACCCUGCUUCAUACAUUCCCGAUGUUCCGCCAUUUCGUUCUCCAUUACAGAUCUAUUCAAAGCCCUCGCGCGCUGUGCUCCACGAAGUUCAAGAGCGUCUGGAUAGGCUCAUGAAAAUUUUACUUGCGCAUCCCACCUUUUCGACACAUGAACUACUCUGGGAAUUCUUCCUCAUGCCCGAGAUACAAACAGAAAUGCUAAGUGAAAGAUCGCAUCGGAAGGCUGCUGUGCUGGUAGAAAGAAUAGCGGAUGAAUACCAACCUGUCACGGCAGAAGAUAUCCGCGACGUUGAGCAGAUUGUGGGCCAUGCGCAAGAUGCCGUCCGUGCAGUCAGCAAUCACACUCGAAGCAUAAUUCGACGUGGAUAUAAGCUUCACAAUGCAUCUAUAGACUUCGCAGAAGCAAUAUCCAUGUGUUCCUACGCCAUUUCUUCUCUACAGCCUCCCACAAAUGCCCUUCCCCAUUCGCAUAUAGACGCCGUUAAUCGUUUUGCUGCUUGCUAUACUUCUUCGUCUCUCGACUCUUCUCCGUUGACUCAGUACCUUACGGCCCUAACAUCCUUACAUACCACAACAAGCGCAAUGUUAGAGUCCCUCUCCCGCCCCGGAAUGCUCGUAUCCAGGCUUAAUUCCUCCACCCGGUCUUUAGCGCGCUGUCACUCCACCCUCGCAUCUAACUCUGUCCCACGCAAAUUCAAUUUUCCCGGCUUAGAAGAAUCUCGACAACGCUCGGUCCGAGAGCAAGAACAGAAGAUUCUAGAGUUGAACGUGGAAGUGGAGCAAGUCGGGAAAGAGAUUGCGUGGAAUAAAGACGUAGUUGUGGGAGAGCUGGCUGGGUGGACGGAUUGGAGGGGGAAGAUGGGCAAACAAGCAAUCAGGGAGUUUGUUAGAACUACGCUUGUUCGAGAGAAAGAGCGUGGGAAGAGGAUGGAGAGAUGUCUGAGGAGUUUAAGACGUUGA